CGGAAGGUCCGUGUUUCAAUAGUGUCCGGUGCGGCGCGCUUUGCUUUUUGCAGGUGAAUUGCAAGGACCGGAUUGAUGUCGUUUCUGGUAAUUAAAGGAAUACAUAAAUACUCGAAUGCGAAUGCUUCUUGCGGCUGAGAUGAAUCCCAUCCCACAAUCGGACCCGCAGCCCUUGACCACACAGAAAAAGGCCCACCUCCUUGUUGGUGUCACUGGGAGCGUGGCUGCCUUAAAGCUGCCUGUUCUCCUCUCUGAGCUUCUGAAGAUACCUGGAUUGGAAGUGCAAGUGGUGACAACAGAAAAUGCUAAGCAUUUCUACAAUUCCGAAGAGAUCCCCGCAACCCUCUACAGCGACGCUGAUGAAUGGCGACUGUGGAAGGGGCGCUCAGACCCUGUGCUCCAUAUCGAACUCCGGCGCUGGGCUGACCUGAUGCUGGUGGCACCUUUGGAUGCCAACUCCUUGGCCAAAGUGGCAAAUGGCCUCUGCGACAAUCUCCUGACUUGUGUCAUCCGUGCCUGGGAUCUGAGCAAGCCACUCCUCUUCUGCCCGGCCAUGAACACAGCCAUGUGGGAGCAUCCCAUCACUGCCCAACAAGUGGAGAAACUCAAGGGCUUUGGCUACGUGGAGAUUCCUUGCAUUGUCAAGAAGCUGAUCUGUGGUGAUGAAGGUAAGCACAUUUACAUUGAAGGAGGUUAGAAUAAUGGUUGAAUCAGCUUCAUCUCAUUCUUGCAACCGUUACACUUAAGUGCCUGUGUUUCUGAAAACCACACAAAUAAACAUCUUUGUUCUUUGUUAACAAACAUUUGCUUCAGUGUGCCUCUGUAUGAAGAAGUAUUCUUAGCAAGUUAAUUUCCAGAUUGGUGGCAGCAACUACGUAAAAGAAUCCAACAAUAUCCACCUCGGUGUUCUGUGCCCUGAGUUCAAAUUCAGCACAAACCAGCUUACUUUCAAUACACUGGUCAAACAAAAACUGAAAACCCCAUUUGUCUUUGGUGGUAGCCUGAUUCCAUAGUAAAAACUCC